AUGCAUCGCACCUAUUCUAUGCGCCAGUCGCGCCUGCCGACGGCUUCGCAAAUUGAGAACCCUCCUCCGCCAUUGUCUUCCACCAAGACGAACAGAAUCUUUGGAAAGGGCGGUUUUGGCCAUGCCUUGCGCAAGAACACGGCUGGCGCCUUCGGGCCUGACCUUGCCAGGAAGCUUUCCCAGUUGGUGAAGAUGGAGAAGAACGUCAUGCGCAGUAUGGAGAUGGUUUCUAGGGAGCGUAUGGAAACUGCUCAACAACUCUCCAUCUGGGGUGAAAACUGCGACGAAGACGUUUCCGACGUCACUGACAAGCUGGGAGUCUUGCUCUACGAGAUUGGUGAACUGGAAGAUCUCUUCGUCGACCGCUAUGACCAGUACCGUGUCACCAUCAAGAGCAUCCGCAACAUUGAGGCUUCUGUUCAGCCCAGCCGCGACCGCAAGCAAAAGAUCACCGAUGAGAUUGCUAAGCUCAAGUACAAGGACCCCAACUCUCCCCGCAUCGUUGUUCUGGAGCAAGAGCUUGUCCGUGCUGAGGCCGAAUCCCUCGUGGCUGAAGCCCAGCUCUCCAACAUCACUCGUGAGAAGCUCAAGGCAGCCUUCCAGUAUCAGUUCGACGCACUCAGGGAGCAUUGCGAAAAGGUGGCCCUCAUCGCUGGUUACGGCAAGCACCUCUUGGACCUGGUCGAUGACACGCCGGUUACUCCAGGCGAGACUCGCCAUGCUUAUGAUGGAUAUGACGCCAGCAAGGCCAUCAUCCAGGACUGUGAGGAAGCCCUCGCCAACUGGGUCACCUCCAAGGCGUCGGUCAAGCCCGCUCUCUCCCAGCGCUCGCGCACCCUGUCUCAGCGUCACCGUGAGACCCUCAAGGGCCGUGAAGGCGUCGAUCUUUCCGGCCAGGACCAGCCCAUGGGCCGUGACUCUUGGGUGCCCGCGGAUCAGCAUGCGACCUACCAGCACGAGGUAGAGGAUGGUGAGGAAGUGGCCAGCACUGUGGAUGGAGAGUCGCGGGGUCGAGAAGAGGAGCGGGAGCCCGUCACGGUGUCUGUUUAA